AUGCCGGUUAUCGUGACGGGUUCCCCUGACUAUCAGAGCCGAAAGCUGGCAGAGAGCAUCAAGACAUCCCGCCUGCCGCCAGCGAAGGUGGGGCCUGGAAACCCUGGGUUCGUUGAUCGACCCAAGCUCCUGGACGCGGACGCGCUGAGACGAGAAGCUCAGUCUCGCUACAACCCGACGCUGCUCGUCCACGGCGAGAGGGGCUCGGGAAAGACGGUAGCAGUUCGCCUUGCUCUCCACUCGAGCGAGUCUGUGGUUCACGUGAAGCUGUGGGGGAAGGACGUGUCCCGCCCGCUUUUCGCUCUGGCCCAGGCGAUAAUUGACACCAGCUCCGUGCAGGUGACGGCCCCGGGAUCAGCUCCGCUUAUUGUGGAGAGUGCGCUGAGAAAUAUCAAGGGCCGCGGCUGGAAACCGGGGGGGGCGUCCGUGCCCAUCGUCGUAGUGGAGCUGGAUAAGAGGUGCUCGGAUACUGACCUGCUGGGCGUGCUGCUUGCGUGCAAACGCUGGGGUGACGACGAGAACCUGGCCAAGUUUGUGGUUGAAGCGCCGUCCGCGCGAAUCGCUCGCGGGCUGCCGAUAUCGCUGUCGGAUCUACGGGUUGAAGGUGUCAAGCAAGUGGCGGUCGGAUGCGUCCCAAUCGCGGCGAGUCGAAAUUGGAAGGGAGGACGACAGGAGGACCUUGCCAAGUACAUCAUCUCGAAGGUCGGCUUGGGCAUGCUUGACCUCGUGCGAGUUGGGUUCGCCGCCCGAAACUCUCGAGACCCGUUGGCCCUGCACGCGUCAGUGAAUCGUUUCGCGACGAGAGAGAGCCGGGCGGCCCGUGGUGGGGUGAAGGCGUUCUUGGUCUCCCUUCGCACGGAGCUGGAAAGGAAGCGGGGGGGGUCUGUGCACGGUCCGGGGGAAGAGGAUAUCGAGAGGCGGCUGUGGCGGGCUAUCGAAGGCGCAGCGGCGCGGGCGGAAGGCCGUGGCGGCAAGAACCCGGGACUGGAUGAGGUGCUCGAAACUAUCGGGGUCUCGGAGCGCGCGUUCGAGUCGGCGGUUAGGGGGGUAGGGCCGGCGUCUCCUCUCUCGGUCGAUCCGUUCUCGUACAAGGUGUCGAUCCGAUCGUUGUUCUUCAGGAACGCGUUGGAGGCGACAGUGGUGGCGAAGGCGAAAGUGAAGGAGGAGUUGCGGAGUGGAGAUGAGCCCGUCGAAAAUGAGAGUGUAGCCGCUGCUGAACCAAGUCUGUGACCAGCCCCAGCAUCAACCGUAGCCGGUAUGGACGAGGCGGUCGCCGUUUG